UUGCCGUCCCCGAUUCGCCGAACCCUUGCUCAGCACUCUGAUGGGCUCGCCGCUGCCCUCGACUUUUAUCGAGACCCCGAACAAUUUUUAUCCGAUGCGAAGCCUGAAGAUUUCGAGUUAUUUGCCUCGCUCAGGCACACGGUUCGGGUGAGAAACAUCUUGGCCCAGUAUCUUGUGCGCCAGGUCUCCAACUUGGACCCAAGAAUACGAUAUGUAUUGUCCGACGAGAAUUGGGCGGAAGGGUUGGAGCGCUUGGAACGCAAGGGAUAUACUUUGCAAGAUGUGAAGCACUGGGCUUGGAUCCUCAUUCCGGACGACCCCGACAAGUGUGUGACAAGGUUUUUUCAGAAGUCGCAGCAUCAACCGCUGUUCAUACUUUACCACCUGCUCUCGGCGGAACCCGCCUUCACAAGCCCGGAUUCACUCUGGGCUCUUUUGCAGUACUGCAGAAGAUGGUACUCGACCGAAUAUAGGGUCUGGAAAAGAAACAUUGGCCGAUCCCUGUCUGACGAGACAGGUCAAAGUACCAUGGACCAUUUGCCUUCCGAGCAAGCGCCCCUUGACAGAACGGCGCACCAUGUUCCUAAGGAGAAGAAGAAUGCCGUUAGGCACCCGUCGUUGAUGGAUCUGGGAAUGGAUCCUCAACUAUUCGGUAAAUUGCUUUCCAUGCUAAGCACGAACGCAAACCGACUGAGCUCCUCGGCGCUUCCAGCCAUUGCCGACUUGGCCGUGUCAUACAUCAAGCAAAUUGGGAAAGAAAGAAAACGCAUUGACACAGGUUACAAAUUGCAAUGUGAGGUAUUCAAUGUCGCCUUGCAGGCUGUGUCUAGUCCCGCAAUCCGGAAGUCUUACGACAGAUCUGUUCACAGCUGGAGAGCUAUUGCCACUUUGCUUGCAUUUUCGUCCAGCUUAAAGGGGCAGCCUUUCAUCAUUGAGCGGGAUAGCUACCGAGCGAUUCGGCAAACCCUACUCUUACUGCCCAAGACCGAUUCCGAGCGAGAUACGGCCAGCGCUCUUGGGGCAUCGUGGCCUGCUUACCGCAUGUUGCGGGAUGGAAUGGAAGAGAUGGCCGGAACCGAGGAGUACGUGAGCAGGGUUGUCAAGGCCGGCUAUAUGAUGCAAGAGGCUGGCUACGCCAAAGACGAUAUCGACGUGACGACGGAUAUCCUGGGUGGUAUGGCCCCCGAUAACUCGCCGACCGUCCAAACGAGAGCCAACUACCCGUACCGCCUCCGCGUCGCCAACGCUCAAUGGGCAGCGCUCAUCCGCACAACACGGAAUGCGCAAGAGGCGUGGAUGGCCUUCCAACGCCCUCCAGAACCGGGCACGAAGCCCACCUUCAACGUGUACUGGGAAUUACUUACCAAAAUCGCGGCCAAGCCAGCUGGGCCCGAACACCAUAAUCUUCCCGGCGAUGGAAGAGAAGUCUUUCCAUACGACGAUACGAAUCUCACCGAAUUUGAGAAAGGCAGGCUCACCCCGCCCACCGCACGCGCUUUGAUCGCAGAGAUGUUUCAAUCCGGAGUAGUCCUCCAAGGACACCGCUUGCCGUCGCUCAUUUCAAAGGCAUAUUCCAUGCGUGAGGCUCUAGAAUACUUAGAUCACAGCGAUCUAGAACCUGCGGCGAAGGAAUGCAUCAAAGUAUGUAUGAUGGAGUUCGUGGAACCCCCGCCUUGGCUGGCGACGAAACACCAUCAAAAUGUCUUGCGGGCCUUCGUCAAGUUGCUUUGCGACCUGCAGCCAAACCGAACGGUGGAAAUGGCUCAAAGGAUGCCGAUCAAACAUUUUGGCCGUAUCCAUUAUGCAUUCCGGCUUGUCCAAACGGCGUGGUUACCGACAAGGUACAAGAACCGGGCGCCCUGGGAGCUGGUUCUGUAUGCUCUAGCUCGACCAAAAGUUGCACUCAGCAGGGGGGGCCUCCAAGAAAACGAGUUGGAGGUUCUCACUAUGGCUACCGAGGUCAUAGAAAUGGCGGAAACUCACGCUGCUUUGAAUGUCGAGAUGGUGAACGAGUUCGGCCGGACCAUCUGGAAGGUAAUGGCGUCGACCGUACCCAUUUUAUUGGCGGCUCAGUCCGCAAGUCCCGAAAACAGAAACUUGAUGCGGAUGUACGCCUCGCAAAACCCCGCUCACCAGAUUCUCGAGCGGCCGUCCUCACACGAUGACCAACGGUCCUGGCGUCAGAUCCUGACCCCAGUCUUCAAGGGGCCGCUGUCGAAGAGCAGCCGACCAUUAGACGCCAUCAUCCGGGAAGCCGCGCGCCAUCUCAAGAAGGCCUGGAGAGCGGUGUCGACAAUCGGACCAGCCUCCGAUCCCAUUCCCAACCUGGAAAUCACCCCAACCAAUAUCAACAACUACAUGCGCACGCUUGCCUACGUGGGCGACUACGAGGAGAUGUUGCUGCUUCUGUACUGGACCCUUCGCGAAUGGGUGCCAGCCUCUGGGAGUCUGACACUGCUGGAGCAGGACCGUUUGGCGAGAGUCUUUCGUUUGUUCCGGGCGUUCGCCGAGCCCAUGCUGGGCGAGGACACGGUGGGGCCUUUGCGCGAGGAGAUUAUGGAACUCAGUCGCAGGGAGAGUGCCGGUAUCAUAUACUGGCCUGCUGAUGAGGAGAUUGAGAAUUACAUUAGGAGUGAUAAAUGGGGUAACCAUCAGAACCUGCGAGAGCUUCUCAAUGUAGUGACGGAGAUGGAAGCAGCAGCGCAUGGAUGGAUAUUCGAUGAAGAGCAAGGUAUGGAGGAAAGCGGGCAUGUUGAACCACGUACCUGGAGACGUGGACUUGAGUUUGGUUUGCGGCAUACAGUAAUAGCAUGGAAGACGAUGUGA